GUAGGUGUGCGUCUAUAGUAUCGCUCUGCUAAUUAAUUUACGACAGCUCAGUACAAUUCUCUCUCUAGAACAGUGAGUUAGCCGUAAUUGAAAAGAGACUUGUUAAUUGUUUUAUGAUUAAUUUGACAGUCUCACUAGAACAGAGCAAACUUUAACGAUAUGGAAGAAAUUCAGCUUAGUAAGGAUCAAGUAUCUCAUUUAAAAAUGGCAUUCGAGGCAUUCGAUCACGACAAAAAAGGUAGUAUAGGUACGGACAAGGUAAGCACAAUUCUGGAAAUGCUUGGCCACCAAAUAAAUUCAGAAGAACUUAAUGAAAUUAUAUAUGAAGUUGAUACAUGGGGGACCGGGGAAUUAAAAUUCGAAGAGUUUUGCCAGGUAGCAUCGCACUUCCUCGAAGAGGAUACUAAUGCUGAAGCAGUACAAGAAGAAUUACGAGAAGCAUUCCGAUUAUACGACAAAGAAGGCAACGGUUAUAUUACAACCGAUGUGUUUAGAGAUAUCCUUCAUGAACUGGACGACGGGCUAUCUCCGGAGGAACUAGAUAUGAUUAUAGAUGAAGUAGAUGCUGACGGAUCUGGCACAGUCGAUUUCGAUGAAUUCAUGGAGGUCAUGACAGGAUAAAUUAUGAUUUUGGCACCGCGCGGAUGCGUCGUGUCUAUCGCCCACAUAUCAGACAACGUGCCUGUAUAAA